AUAUUGAUGAGUGCCAGUCAAACCCUUGCCGCAAUGGAGGUACAUGUGUUGAUGGGCUUGGUUCCUUCACCUGUGUGUGCCUCCCAAGCUACUCUGGGCUCUAUUGUGAGGAGGAUACAGAAAUAUGUGACUAUGGCUGGCAUAAGUUUCAGGGCCACUGCUACAAGCAUUUCCCCCACAGAAGAAACUGGGACGCAGCAGAGAGAGAGUGUCGCAUGCAGGGGGCUCAUCUCACCAGCAUUCUCUCCCACGAGGAGCAACAAUUUGUCAACCGUCUUGGCCAGGACUAUCAGUGGAUUGGCCUGAAUGAUAAAAUGUUUGACAGCGACUUCCGCUGGACUGACGGCAGCCCUAUGCAAUAUGAAAACUGGAGGCCCAACCAGCCUGACAGCUUCUUCUCCUCUGGUGAGGAUUGUGUAGUGAUGAUCUGGCAUGAGGACGGCCAGUGGAACGACGUUCCUUGCAACUACCACCUCACUUAUACCUGCAAGAAGGGCACAGUGGCCUGUAGCCAGCCCCCUCUGGUGGAGAAUGCACGAACCUUUGGUAAGAAACGUGAGAGGUAUGAGAUUAACUCACUGGUGAGGUACCAGUGCCGGACAGGCUUCAUACAGAGGCAUGUCCCAACUAUCCGCUGUCGUGGGGAUGGACGAUGGGAUAUCCCUAAAAUAGUCUGCAUGAACU